GCGUUGGCAGAUAAUAUGGAUUAUUAUUAUAUUAAUAAUACAGGACUGAGGGAUCUGUACAGCCUUGGGAUAAAAUACGAACCUAUUACAGAGGAACAAGCUCUCCAUGGGAGAGGACGAUCAUUCGGGGAUUUUACACGAGGGAGCCCGCGCCGCCCUGAGGGAGCGGAGCCCGCGGGGAAGGGCUGGAAGGGCGCCCGGAGGGAGCGGAGCGGGGGCGGCCCGGCGGCCCCACCUCGGGCCGGGUGUCCCCAGCGCGGGCGGGGAGCGGCGGCUGUGAGGGGGCGAACUUGUCACCAAUGGUGGCAAAACCACCCUGACCAACAGGCUCAUCAAGGCUCUCCCCAACUGCUGCGUGGUCCACCAGGACGAUUUCUUCAAGUGUUGGAUUCCCUGGAUAUGGAGGCAAUGGUGAGCACGGUGCGGGCCUGGAUUGAGAACCCAGUGAAGUUUGCCCGUUCCCACGGGGUGAAUGUCACACCUGGCUCUAAAGAGCCAACUUCCCAAGAUAUCCAUAUAUUGGUCAUUGAAGGCUUCCUGCUUUAUAAUUACAAACCACUGAUAGACCUGUUUGACAUCCGUUACUACCUGGCGGUGCCGUACGACGAGUGCAAGAGGAGGAGAAGCACACGGAACUACACCGUUCCCGACCCCCCCGGCCUCUUCGACGGACACGUCUGGCCCAUGUACUUAAAACACAGGAAGGAGAUGGAGGACUGUGGUGUGGAUGUUGUUUAUUUAGACGGCCUGAAGUCGAGGGAAGAACUGUACAACCAAGUCUUUGAAGAUAUUCACAACAAGCUUUUAAAUUGCUCAUAGGGUCUGGGAAGACCUGGAAGACCCGUGUACAGCCCGAUGUAAAUAAUACUUGGAAGUGGGAAGGAGGGUUUAUUUGUGGAAACUCUUCUCCCGCUGCCCUUUGGCAAGUCCCUUCUGUAUAUAAUUGAAAACUGAGGAUAACUUAUUCCCAACCCCACGGAGAGGAUGGCCUUGGUGGGGUUUUUGUUUGUUUUUUUUUAAUUAUUUUAUAUUCCAAAGAGAAGUUGGAAAAGCAUUUUUAUAGCGGAACAAGUAGAGCUGCGCUGGGAAAAAACAACGGAUCUCCUGCUCCUGCAGACAAAAAGGCUUCAGGCAACGGCUUGUUUGUAAUAUCAUCUCUCAAAUUCAGUAAAAAUCCACUUAUAUCUC